AUGCACAGCUCGCAAGAGUCUUUAGAGAAGACCGCAUCCUCGCCUGAAAGAGCAAAUUAUUCACUUUCCCUGUACCGUGAUUUGCAAAAAAAAUACCACAGUUCUCCAACUUCUAGUAUUCCAAUUCGUUUUUCUCCUGCUGCGUAUUCGCAGCCACCUUGUGCUGGCGAACGAUUGGCAGUUUAUAAAAGCAACGAAUUGGCAAUAGAAAGUUCAAAAUCCUUAAAUCGAACCUUCACCUUAAAACCGGUAGCUACUUCGACUCCACUUGAUGGUUCACCAGUAAUAGGCAAUCGUGUGCUUACUUCAGUCAGCGAGACUCUUAAUCACAGUGAAAUUUCCUCAAUAUCAUCUUGGACAACGAAGGAUGGUGCUGAGACGCAGCAAUCAGAAAUGGACUUUAAGACGCUGAGGCAUGUUAUGUUGGUCCAGGAAGACCAAAUUGCUCAAGCUUCAGUGGCUCUUGCACACUGUAAGAAAACCAAUAGUUUCAACGGCACCCUUGUUGAGCUUAGCGCACAGCGUAGUUUAUUGUUGGCACGCGAAAGACUUUUAGCACUACAGAACCAAAUGGAACGAUUGAAAAUGUGUCAGCUAAUCAAACGACCUAUUCCUCGUCUCUCGAAAUAUAUGCGUGGUGCUAUUGACCUUACUUCUAUUAAUGUCUAUCUCAAUCGGAACUUUUGUGUCCGUAACACUGAUGAAAAUGUUUCAUAUGCUUUCGUUGUUUUGCUGAAAGCUAAUGAGCAGGUGGAGGCCACACAAACAGUUUCUUUGAUGGAUUCCCGAGCGUUGCGUGUUAGCAAAGUUCACUUCUCCGAUCAAAUUCGUUUUAAAAACUUACCAGUCGAUUUCACAGUAAUGCUGGAAAUUUAUGCUUUGAAAGUGAGUGAAGAUCGUCGUUCAGAUGAAUACUCUUGCAAUAUGUUGAAAAACAAAGCAAAGUCCCUACUAGCUAAAAAGGCAUACGGCAAUGAAUCUGUAGUAGGCUGUUCAGAAUUUACAUGUUGCGGUCACAUCUGUCUAAAUCGUGACACAGUUGGUAUACAAAAAUUUUAUCUGGAUGGGGCAGUUUAUCCUUUAGAAGGAACUAUUGAAAUCGACUCUCGCUGCACAAAACUGCCUCCAGUUAUUGAAACCGAUUUUCGAGGGUUCUUGACUAUGUAUCAAGUGAUAUCAGGAUUAGGCUCUUGGGCUAGGUACUGGGCUGUUUUGAGACGUGGAAUUGUCCAUUUCUGGAAGUAUCCCAAUGAUGAAGCAUGCGAAAAGCCAGCACUGGCUUGCAUGGACCUUUCGAAGUGUAUCGACAAAAAAAUUAACCGCGCUUCUCAUGAAAUCUGUUCGCGUCCGAAUGCUUUUACUGUUGAUCUCUUGGUUCCAACAUCACCAUCUCUUAUUGAAAAAAAACGUGUACUGUUAGCAGCGGAUACGAAGAAGCUUUGUAAUGCUUGGCUUAAUGCAAUGAAUGAAACCCUGGAGAUUCUUCGUGGAUAG